ACGUAAACACAUGGUGACUGUUGCUAGCACCACGUAGCGGCUUGGCUUCAUUACGUAGACAUACCGUAAAGGAUAUAAUAGAUAGGAGAUAAAAUUGAUUUCUUCGAGAUGGAAGUUAACAAGGGGGAUGUAGUGCUGCCAGGGGACAGGGUGAAGGAUGUUUCAUUGAGCAAUGAAAAGGAAGUUGUGAUUCUAGGCCCUGGGCUACGUCGUGACAACGAUGCAAUAUUUAUUUGUAAAGCUGGUAUUCUGAAAAAACGUGAACCGGCCGUGUACUAUGUUGACGGCUAUCAAAAACGAUAUAUUCCUAGUCGUGGUGAAAAUAUAGUGGGUAUAAUAACUCAGAAGGCUGGCGAUAUAUAUAAAGUAGAUAUCGGUGCUAGUGAACAGGCAUCAUUGUCAUAUUUGGCCUUUGAAGGUGCAUCCAAAAAGAAUCGUCCUGAUAUACAAAUAGGUGAUGUGGUAUUUGCUAAGUUGCUAAUCGCCAGCAAGGAUAUGGAACCAGAAUUGGUAUGUGUGGACUCACAGGGAAAAGAGAAUGACUUGGGUGUGCUUGGCACAGAUGGUAUGAUGUUUACCUGCUCCUUAAGUCUUGUGAGGAAAAUAUUGAAUCCAGAUUGUCCAUUGUUUAAGUUGCUUGGCAAGAAUCAAGCAUAUGAAAUAGCUGUCGGAAUGAAUGGUAAGAUUUGGAUCAAGGCAAGGUCAGUACAAGAAACAAUUGCAGUGGCAAACGCCAUUCUGGCAGCUGAAUAUACAGUACCUGCAGAGAUGAACAAACUCUGUGCCAAGAUCGAGAAGACCUUGUUUCUUGUAAUAUGAUUUAUAUUCAUGUGACAGAUUUCGCACCAAAGAAGAUGAUUGUACAUGAAAUAUAGAAAGAAGCGACUAAACUAAU